UCACUUUGGGGGCAAAGAGGAAUAUUUGGGGGAUAGUGUGCAUUGUUGGUCAUCUCUGGGGACCUAACCUGAGUUGGCCUUAGCUUGGUGACAACAGGAAAUCUAAGGGAUCCUCGCAGAAACAGCCUUUCACUUUGACACGUCCACCUUGGCCCUAAGUCAUUCACAGGACUCUGAAAAAGAAGUCACCGAGUAAAGCAGGCAAACUUAAGAUGGAAGAGGAGAAGGUUUUAUAUGAGAUGUAAAGGAAAUGUGUGUUUACGUGCGGCUUGUAGCUGAGAUGGUCACUGAUUCCAAUGGUCGUUGUCUGACUCUAUGGCUUGCUCUUGGGGUCUCGUGUUCGGCUCACUGGAGAGAGCUACACCCUUUGCCACUGCACUGUGACUUCUCAGAAGUCUCAGGAAGACAUCAAUGAGUUGGUGAUUUCGGGGAUGGUUGAAGGUCCUCCCUCUUGUGUUUCCGACUGCAAGGGACACAUUUCGUCCCUGUUAAGACACCGCUUGACUCCACACCCGGAGUCUCAGCUACUGUGGCAGGUGGACUUGUCAAGAGCUUGUCCCCACAUCAAGAGAAACUCCUUGGAACUGUUUACUUUGUGCAACUGGAGAACCUGUGCAUUUUCAUGGGAGAAGAUUAAGGCUUUAAAUGUAUAGCGAUACGUGCUCAUAACAGCAGCACUUAAGAAGCUGGGACAAAAGGAAGAUUACCAUGAAUUUGUGGCCAUCCUGAGCGAACAGUGGGUUCUAGGCCAGCCUGGGCUACAAAAGCCAGACAAGUUGCAUUGGCUUGACUCCAGGAGACCCCAUUAGAGGCGAGCGAGCCGCUGGGUGCAGGCAGGCGACGUGCUGCCGGGCUGGGCUGCCCGGGGGAGAUGACUUCUCGUCAGGAAGACGCCUCUGGAAAGAAGAUCACGGAGGGAGCAAAGUUUCAGGGCAGCUGAGGAGCCUUGGUCGCAGCCCUUCCGAGCCCAAUCUCCUUCCUGGCUAUGGAGGGCGGACUCUAAAAUGAAUCCCGAUCUGGACACCGGCCACAACACAUCAGCACCUGCCCAUUGGGGAGAGUUGAAAGAUGCCAACUUCACUGGCCCCAACCAGACCUCGAGCAACUCCACACUGCCCCAGCUGGACAUCACCAGGGCCAUCUCUGUGGGCCUGGUGCUGGGCGCCUUCAUCCUCUUUGCCAUCGUGGGCAACAUCCUGGUCAUCCUGUCAGUGGCCUGCAAUCGGCACCUGCGGACGCCCACCAACUACUUCAUUGUCAACCUGGCCAUUGCUGACCUGCUGUUGAGUUUCACCGUCCUGCCCUUCUCCGCUACCCUGGAAGUGCUUGGCUACUGGGUGCUGGGGCGCAUCUUCUGUGACAUCUGGGCAGCGGUGGAUGUCCUGUGCUGCACCGCCUCCAUCCUGAGUCUAUGUGCCAUCUCCAUUGAUCGCUACAUUGGGGUGCGCUACUCUCUGCAGUACCCUACGCUGGUAACCCGUAGGAAGGCCAUCUUGGCACUCCUCAGUGUGUGGGUCUUGUCCACGGUCAUCUCCAUCGGGCCUCUCCUUGGCUGGAAAGAACCUGCGCCCAAUGAUGACAAGGAAUGCGGGGUCACCGAAGAACCCUUCUACGCCCUCUUUUCCUCCCUGGGCUCCUUCUACAUCCCACUCGCGGUCAUUCUGGUCAUGUACUGCCGGGUCUACAUCGUGGCCAAGAGGACCACCAAGAACCUGGAGGCGGGAGUCAUGAAGGAGAUGUCCAACUCCAAGGAGCUGACCCUGAGGAUCCACUCCAAGAACUUUCAUGAGGACACCCUCAGCAGUACCAAGGCCAAGGGCCACAACCCCAGGAGUUCCAUAGCUGUCAAACUUUUUAAGUUCUCCAGGGAAAAGAAAGCAGCCAAAACCUUGGGCAUUGUAGUCGGAAUGUUCAUCUUGUGUUGGCUCCCCUUCUUCAUCGCUCUCCCACUUGGUUCUCUCCUGUUCUCUGUCACCACGAACAGCACUAUCAAAGGCAUCCUCCUAUGUGCCACCUUAUGGUGUGAUGUGAAAUUCUUCGAGUGCUGUGACCUGUCCCAGCUCCAAGUGUGUUCACACUUAGUUGAACCAAAUAAUGCCAGUUCCCUGUUCUCCACCCUAAAGCCUCCGGACGCCGUGUUCAAGGUGGUAUUCUGGCUGGGCUACUUCAACAGCUGCCUCAACCCCAUCAUCUACCCGUGCUCCAGCAAGGAGUUCAAGCGCGCCUUCGUGCGUAUCCUUGGGUGCCAGUGCCGCGGUGGCCGCCGGCGUCGCCGGCGCCGCCGUCUGGGCGGCUGCGCUUACACCUAUCGGCCGUGGACCCGCGGCGGAUCGCUGGAGCGAUCGCAGUCGCGGAAGGACUCUCUGGACGACAGCGGCAGCUGCAUGAGUGGCAGCCAGAGGACCCUGCCCUCGGCUUCGCCCAGCCCGGGCUACCUGGGUCGCGGAGCGCAGCCACCAGUGGAGCUGUGCGCCUUCCCCGAGUGGAAACCCGGGGCGCUGCUCAGCCUGCCAGAGCCUCAGGGCCGUCGCAGCCGCCUUGACUCCGGGCCCCUUUUCACCUUCAAGCUCCUAGGCGAGCCAGAGAGCCCCGGCACCGAGGGCGACGCCAGCAACGGGGCCUGCGACGCCACGACCGAUCUGGUUAAUGGGCAGCCGGGUUUCAAGAGCAACAUGCCCCUGGCGCCCGGGCACUUUUAGGGUCCCUUUCCUUCCCACCCCCCCACACACACCCCGGGGGAGGACACCAUCGUGGGGGGAGGGAGGGCGUGGGGGAAAAGUGUCAGCCCCGGAUAGACACAGGGUCUCAAGGGGACAAGGGGGAGGGGGGCGGGGAGAGGGGCAGCUGCUUUUCUGGCAGGGGCAUGGGUGCCAGGUACAGCGGAGAGCUGGGCUGAGCAUGCUGAGAGCCUGGGGGCCCCCUGACGCCGGCCGGCCGGGACUUAAGUCUCUCUCUCUUUUCUCUCUGUAUAUAUAUAUAUAUAAAGAGUCCCCUCUAUGCGUAUUUAUCUGUGGGUACACGUGCGUGUGUCUGUGCUGUGUACGUGUGGACUGCAUGGGUGCGUUGUGGGGGGCCUGCCCGCCUGCGCGUGGAGGCGGAGUGUGUGCGAGCCCUGGCGAAGUCAGGUUUUAUUGUUCGUCUCUUGACUUUGUACCUCUCAAGCCCCUCCGUGUUCUCUGGUCAAUGUUGGCACUUUAAUGGGGUUGGAAACCAAGUCAGAUAUUAAAAAUCAUUUCUCGUG